AUUAUAUCCUUUAGCCGCCACAUCACAACACGUUGAUUUUAAAGUUAAAAUUUCUUUAUUAGCGAAAGAAGAUUUAUUUAUUACCAUUACGUAAAUUAAUUUCUUUCGCCAAUUAACUUGCAAUCAAUCUUGAUUGUUUUGCAGAUGAUUUUUCCAAGAAAGUACCUUAUCAAAGGCAAAAAAGAGAGAUGAUUCUCAAUAUUUCACUAUACAUUACUUUCUACGUCUCAUUUCUUCAAAAUAUUGUUUACAAUGUGGAUGCUGCAAUUGACCUCGAUGCCAUAAGUGGCGAUUCGUCAAUGGACAUUGCUCCGUGCAUUCUCAAGCUCUGCGAAAAGUACUUUCACUCCAAGAAAAAGACCCAAGGAUCUCUGGCUAUAGUCAAUCUCACGCCAGACGCUUCACCUUUCCAAAAGCACGUGCUGGAAAGUCUCAAUGAAAAUGAACGCCAUGAAUUGGCUGUGAUGACCAAAGAUGCCAGAAAAAAGCAUUGGAAUGCAUCACACGUGACGGAAAAAGCAAAGAAUUAUUUCAUGCUCUUGGCGGAUUCAUCGGAAUUGAACAGGACAAUUAAGCAACUUCAUGCCCUGCCCACGUGGAAUCCUCUGGCUCAGGUUGUUGUCUAUAUCACACUGGAAAUGACUCCUGAAGAAUUGGAGGCGCAAACUAGGCGUUUGCUUGAGGAAUUGCUUGAGAAUGGAAUGUACAAUGUUAAUAUUAUGUCCAGGAAGUACCACACGAAUACCAUUCAAGUGAACACUUGGUUUCCCUACGAAGGUUCCGAUUGUGGAGAUAAAAUCUCAAAGCUGCGAUUAAUUGAUGAAUGUGAAUAUGUUUUGGAUGAACCAAACGUGGAUUCCAAUGCAACAAUUCCUGAAAAUGGCGAAGGCCCUAAUAAAAAGAAGAAAAAAUACAAAUUUGUUCAGAGGACCUACUACACGGAUUGGAGAAAAAUUCCAGAUACUUACAAUGGAUGUCCUUUAAGAGUAUCCAGUGGCCAUUGGCUACCCUACACUGUUUAUGAUCCAAAUGAAGGCUUUACGAAGGGCACGGAGGUUUUUAUGUUACAAACAAUGACGCAACGAAUGAAUAUGAAACCCAUUUACACGUUGAUGAAUCUCACAAAGAUGAAUUACUUCGGCAGCAAGAAAAAUGCCCUGCUAUUUUACUCGGACAUUCUCGAAGGUACAUCUGACAUCAUGAUUGGUGGCUUGACGGAGAAUGCCAUCAGUCGAAAGGUACUCUCCACGUCAAUUCCCUACUACCAGGACGAUUUGACAUUCUGUGUGGGAACAGCCGCUAAGGCGCCCAAUUGGAUGAAUGUCUUUGCCAUAUUUAGUUUCUGGAUUUGGGUCUUUACCCUUGCCCUGAUGUAUCUCCAGGGCUACCUUUUGCGCUAUUUCAGUCGCAUGGAUACUGCUGAGACGGGAAAUAUGGUUUGGGCUCUUCUGCAGUCCCUGGCCAUAACUCUUAGUACCUAUGCUCACUACAAUCCCCGUCGCUUCUUUAUUCGUAUCUAUUUGUUCUGCUUAAUGAUCUAUGGAUUGCACUUCAAUACGGCCUAUCACAGUUUCCUUAUCACGGUGCUCACGAGGCCACGGUACCAGGUGCAGGUUGACUCUCUGCCGGCUGCUGUGGCGCAGGAUUAUCAUUUUAUGGGGAGUGAGAAUUCUCUCAACUACUUCAGCAAAGAUGACGCUCAGUCGAAGUACGUGAGGCGCAUGUUCACCAUCUGUCCGGAUAUAGAUGUGUGCUUGGAGCACGUGAAGCGCGACAGUCAAUUGGGUGUUGCUGUUUCGCGAGCGCACGCCCGAAACAGCCCACUGAUCGAUGAGAGUGAUAUGUUCUGUUUUCACCAUGCACAGAACAUCUACAGUUACUCUGUCUCGAUGUUGGUCAAGAGGGACUAUCACCUCCUGCCCAAAAUUAAUGACAUCAUACGCACGAUCCUCGAGUCUGGACUGCUGUCCAAGUGGCAGAAAGACAGUGAGGUGAGCAAGGUGCACGUGGGUCAAGCAGCACCGCCCACAGAGGAAUCCGAAGGGGGUGAAGGUGCUCAAAUUGUUCUCAGUCUUGAUCAUGUUCAGGGAGCUUUUAUAGUUUUGGAAUUUGGGUUGAUCCUCUCUGCGGUGGGAUUUGCUGUUGAGUGGCUCAUAUUCCUGACAAUCCAGAAAAAUCGCUUCGGCGCCACAUUUCUCAAGAGGCACAUCGAGAAGAUGCUUUGCUUCGAUUGAAUGCGCAGAGAUGAUGUCUCCCACUCAUUUGGAUGGUGGUGGGAGGAAUAAGGAGCGAUCUCGUGGAUGAAUUUCAUUGUCACACUCACACACCUUACAGGGGAUGAGGAGUGAAUAAAAAUAGAUGGAAUUUUCUGUUUAUACCACACAGAAAGAGCGCGAAAGUGUAAAGUGAAAAAUUUGUUGAAGGUGGGAUGAGGGAAAAGCAUCAACGAAAUUUUCAACAGGAAUUAUCUCAAGAGAUCACAGAUUGUGUCAUUGAGCAUUAAACGUUACAUCCUUACUGGUUUGAGGCAGAAUUUUCUUGGAAAUUUGCCUCAGUUUGAUAAGAAAAUUCAAUUUGAAAGUCUUUCGACAUUAAUGAGAGUAACAUUUUUAGACUUCAAAAAUCUGUAAAUAUGAAAACAUA